AACAUGUGAGAGAGGGAGGAGAGAUGUUCCGAAGAAGAAGAACAUAACCGAAAGCCCUCAGCUUUUCUUUUUCGCUGUUUCACCAAAUAUUUCUUCUUCUUCUUGUUCGUCAAACCCAGAAGAACCCUAGAUUGUUUUCUCCUUCGAAGCUUGUCUUAUUCCUUCUAUCUGCGGAUCAUAAUUCCUUUUUUCAAAUUUUAUUUUGAGCUUAGCAGCCGCCGAUUCGCUCGAGUUUUUUUUGGCAUUAGAGCAGGAUUCGGUUCCGUUUCGGAUCUGGAUUUUUUGUAUUAUUUGAGUUGAUUCGUAGAAUCUUUGGAUAUUUUCGGGGGCGGGGUUUUUUCUGGUGAUAACAAGAGUGAAUUUUCGAAACAACAAAGGAAAUUUUUUGGGUACCUUGGCAUACUGGAAAUUCGAAUCUUUAGAUGGGUGAGGGCGGCGAUGGAGGCCAAUUCCCGCCAAAAAAGGAGCAACAGGAAACGUCUGAUUUCCCGGCGAAGAAGCCGGCGAGGCAGCUCGACUUCACUGGUGGCGCCGAUGGGGUUCUACCGGAACAUGCUCAGUCCAAUGUCUCCGCUACCUCUCCUGCCGCCGCAACGGCGACGGCGAUGAAGGCAAGUACGGCACCCACUGCGGCUAUCGGGCAGGUGCGGCCGGCGAUGUCAGUGGUGGCGCCGAUGCCGCCAUCGGGACCGCAGGUCCUUCAUGCCCCAGUCCGGCUUCCGAAACAAGAAUCUCCGAAAUCUAGGGCAAGGCCUGCUGUGGAUUCUAGAGAUGGAACCCCGCAGAAGAAAAAGCAGUGUAACUGCAAACACUCGCGGUGCUUGAAACUGUAUUGUGAGUGCUUUGCAUCUGGCACAUACUGUGAUGGAUGCAACUGUGCAAAUUGCUUUAACAACGUUGAAAAUGAAGCUGCCAGACGCGAAGCUGUGGAAGCAACUCUGGAACGAAAUCCUAAUGCAUUUAGACCUAAAAUUGCUAGCAGUCCUCAUGCUGCACGGGAUAGCAGGGAGGAGGUUGGUGAGGUUCUCAUGUUAGGGAAGCACAACAAAGGAUGCCACUGCAAGAAAUCGGGUUGCCUUAAGAAGUAUUGUGAAUGCUUUCAGGCAAAUAUUCUGUGUUCUGAGAACUGCAAAUGCUUGGAUUGCAAAAACUAUGAAGGAAGUGAAGAGAGACAAGCUCUCUUUCAUGGUGAACAUGGCAACAACAUAGCUUAUCUCCAACAGGCAGCAGCUAAUGCUGCCAUAACUGGAGCUGUCGGCUCCUCUGGUUUUGCAUCCUCUCCAGGACCUAAAAGGAGGAAAUCUCAGGAAAUUAUCUUCAACCAAGCAACAAAGGAUACAUCUAUUCACAGACUCAACCAUUUUCAACAGGCAAAUAGUGGAAGAGCCACAGGGCCAAUGCCAUGCACAUCUACUGUGCCUGUUUCUCGUGCUUCUGGCAAUGUGUCAUUAGGCCCAUCCAAAUUCAUAUAUAGGUCUCUCUUGGCAGACAUCAUUCAACCACAGGACGUGAAAGCACUCUGUUCUGUUUUGGUUGCGGUAUCUGGAGAAGCGGCGAAAACAUUAGCAGACCAGAGAAAUGAAACAGAAAAACGGAUGGAAGAUCGGACAGAAACUUCCCUAGCUUCUUCCACACAAGAACGAGGAAAAGGAAAUAAAAGUAUCAAGGCUGAGAAAGUUGAAACUGGUGGUUGUUCAAGUGGAAAUCAAGCUGACAAAUCCAGAGCAGAGGAUUCCAAUUCAGAUGGCACAGAUGCAUCUAAAGGAAGGCCUCUGUCUCCUGCAACUUUGGCAUUGAUGUGUGACGAGCAGGACACCAUGUUCAUGGUAGCAGCCUCACCGAAAGGUUCAGUGGAUCCCAGUUGUGGGACAACCUCAGAGCUACUAGCUAACGGGCAAGGCCAGUCUGAGAUAUACGGAGAGCAGGAGAGAAUAGUAUUGACCAAGUUCCGGGACUGCCUUAAUCGGCUGAUCUCCUACGGAGAAUUAAAGGAAUCAAACUGUUCAUCACUGGCAAGAACUCAUAUAGACUCGCCUGCAGCUGUGGAAACAGAGAUUGGGUUUCAUCAAGAGCCAGUAGUGAAUGGAGUUUCCCAAAGCACAGCGAAAAGACCAUCGACAUCAGUACCAGACACACACAAACCUCCAGCUUUUGUCAGAGAAGAAAGGCCUCUGAAAUAACUACUUUAGGACAAAAUAACGACAAAAGAAGCUCAAUAUGAGGGAGGUAUGCCAUUUCCACCACAUUCUUCUCAACCCUGUCUUAUUUCGAUCUAAUCUUUCUCGGCGGAUUGGCUGGUGAUUAGUUAGGAGUUAAUUCAAAACUCCUUACACAUUCUGUAUUAUUAGGCUUUCUUUCUUUCUUUCUUUUUCCCUGAGUUAUUCGCCUUCUUCUUUACGAGAGAUGAGUAUAAUGUUAUCUGUGUGUAAAUUUGCCAUUGGCUCUUUAGUUUUUCUAUGAAUAACUGACGUUCUAUUUUACAAAGUUCUUGUUUUGAUUA